GAUAAUGCACACCGCGCCGCAGCACUCUCAAAUCUCGCCCAUGCGAUCCUAUGUGGUUUCGCCAAGUCCAUCGACAAUGAUAUUGACCGCGCGAUCCACCUUUUCCGCUCCGCCCUCUCACUCCGUCCCCAGGGACACGUCGAUCAUCCGCUAUCCAUCCUUGACCUUUGCCAUGCUCUCUGUAAACGUCAUUCUUAUAAAAUGGACCAUGCCGAUCUCCGUGAGGCCGCACAUCUUUACCGCACUAUUGUGCCGCUUUUCCCCGAGGGCAGCCAUCUUCAUCGAGUAGUAUUCGAUACCAACGCUGUACCAUAUGUCAUCGAGCAGUGCAACGCGCUUCCUAGGGAUCCUUCAGACGAGAGCAUAUCGCUUCGGCGAAUUGUGCUCGAGCUCUGUCCGCCGCAGCACCCACGUCGUGCACGCUCACUAGACAAUCUUGCUGGCGACCUCUAUGCACGCUUUGAACGAGAUGGCAAUAAAGACCACUUCUACGAGGCUGUUCAUCUGUCACGUGAAGCACUGGCAGUAUGUCGUGCUGAUGAUGAUCAGCUUAGUGUUCUCCCUGGCAUUCUAUCGGACACUCUUGGUCACCGCUUUAAUCACCACGGCGAUCCUUCUGACCUCUAUGAGAGAAUAGUACUUGAAACCCACCUGGAGGCACUCGACUUACGCUCGUCUGCUUCGAGUCAACGGGGCAUAACGGCCCCAGAGCAGGGACAACAACCCUCGCCACCACCACUACCAUCUCCUCCUCUCCCACCACCACCACAGGCGUCAAUAAACAAAAUCCGGUCACUCGAAAGAAACGUUGUCAUCUUCGGCGACAGCGGUUCAGGUAAAAGCUCAGUCAUCAAUGCAAUCGCGCAAAGACAACUAGCGAAGACAUCCAGCAGUGCAACUGGAUGCACGUUCGCCUAUGAGCGUCAUAGAGUCGAAAUAUCCGGCCAAACGUUUGUCCUAUUCGACACUGCGGGUCUCAACGAGGGCACUGCAGGCACGGUACCAGCAGCCAAGGCGGAAGAAAACCUGAAGAGCUUGCUGAAUGAGCUCAUGAGCCCUAAAUCGGAUGGCAUCGGCCUUCUGGUAUACUGUGUGCGCAGCACGAGAGCCCGUCGCGCUCUUAUUCGGAACUACAACCUUUUUUACUCUGCUAUCUGCCGAAAGAAGGUCCCAAUUGUCGUCGUCGUCACAGGAUUGGAGAACGAGCCUGACAUGGAGAGUUGGUGGGAUGCCAACGGGAAGGAAUUCAAGAGCCGUGGUAUGCACUUCGAAGACCAUGCAUGCGUCACAACGCUUCGCAAACACUCGGGCAUCUCGGAUGUCUUCACCCGUCGCAUCGAAGAGUCUUCUGAAACUCUGCGUAAUCUCCUCGUUAAAAAUUGCUCGGAUUGGGCGGUCGACGACAGCUGGUUCAAGCAGUCUUUCACUGCUGUGCGAAACCUGAUCAGCGAUAGUGGGAAUAGCGAAAGGUCUUUACCGUCUACUCUCAUCAUCUGUGACCCAUCUCGAGACGAAGAAGUCGAGAUCGCGCCCUGCAUCCGUGGUAUCUUGAAGCCUUACUUUGUGCGCAUCGGCGGGGACACAUACCAGGUCCACCGUGUUCCUGCACCAGACUUUUCAUCUUCAAGUGCUGAGAAGAGGAUUGAAGGGGAUCUUCUCAUAUACUACGCUCGCGCUGACGAGCUUUCUGCAGCUCGUCAGAAAUUCCAUGCCUUUUGUACAGCCUAUCGCGGGAACGUGGUGCCGGUCGUCGUCGUGGUCAAAGGACUGGACGAUCGCCAAGCUGCCAAUCAGUGGGUCGAGAAAUACAUCAUGUAUGAUGGCGCCGGACGUCUAUUCUCGACAUUUGCUCCAGCUGAAGAACUCGGAGAUGAUUCUUUGAAGCAACAGGCGGAACAAGAAUUGCAGGAUCUCAUUCGACAGGCCUGUCUCAUUCGUAGCGAGAGAAAAGUUAGAGGAAGAUCGAAAAGACUCGCGCGUAGAAACCGAUUUUGAGUGGCCGAGUUACUGUGAAGGAGGAUAAUUAUUCUGUGGUAAUCUAUGUGCCAUUAAUGAGGCGUAGAACGCCGGAUAUUCUAGUAUUACUCUAGUACUCACUCGUUUGGAUCGAUGAUA